CCAACAAGAAAAAUCUAUAGCUUUGAUUCUCUCUCUCUCUCUCUCUCUCUCUCCUUUGCAUCAAUUUCCUCUUUUAACGUCCAAUCUUCUCCCUUUCCCCCUGAAAACGCUCCUUUCUUUUGUCUACCUAAGAAAACAGAGCCCCCACCUCUGUAACUAGCUUAGCUACCCCUCAAUUCCACUGCAUUAUUUACAAGAUCAAUCCGACUCUGUUUUCAUCACUUCAUUUGAUCGAAUCGAAGUAGAGCUUUUUAUGGAAUCCGGAUCCGGGCCAUCCGACCUUGGCCGCGAUGGGAAUCCGCCGUCGCUCGAUAGAGGCUGGCAUGGGGGUGGAGGAGGUCAUGCAGUCCCGGUUUCUGACGGGACUUCGCCGGUGGCCGCGCCGCCGAACCGGUACGAGUCGCAGAAGCGGCGAGAUUGGGCUACAUUUUUGCAGUACCUGCGGAACCAUAAGCCGCCGCUGACGCUGCCGCGGUGCAGCGGAGCUCACGUGAUCGAGUUCCUCCGGUACCUCGAUCAGUUCGGGAAGACGAAGGUGCACGUGACCGGCUGCCCCCAUUUCGGCAACCCGAACCCUCCCGCCGCCUGCGCCUGCCCGUUGAAGCAGGCCUGGGGCAGCCUCGACGCCCUCAUCGGACGGCUCAGAGCCGCCUACGAAGAGAACGGUGGCCGGCCCGAGUCCAACCCGUUUGCUGCUGGAGCUGUGAGGAUGUACUUGAGAGAGGUCAAAGAUGGUCAAGGUAAGGCCAGAGGGUUCCCUUACGAGAAGAAACGGAAACGGUCGGCAGCCAAGGCGGCUGACGGCGGUAGCUGAAAAACAGAGACGCCGCCGCUGAGCUACGGCGGCGAUUGUGGUGGCGCCUCUGUCCGUCUGCCAGCUGCUGCCACUGUGUCACUGCAACAGUGUAGUACAUGCGGUGCUGUAAAUACGGAGUAGUAUUUAUUUACCGCUCUAAUUGAAAUGUAAGUACGAGUAUAAUUUUACAGCUCUAAAGCUAAUUUUCUUACCCGCGGUUAAAAUUGUGAUGAAAUGAUAACUGUGAAGUCAGAGUAAAACCUAG